UUCUUCGACUGACUCGUGAACUUCUCUGCGGAUUAUUACUAAAGAUACUGUGAAUUUUCCAUGAAUAAACAGAAUUGGACAAAACAUUGAUAUUUUCAAUUACUACAAAAGAUUAUUCUAUGUAUAUUAACGUAUGAAGUUCAAAGCCACAAGUUGAGUUAUAAAAGUAUUUAAUCCAAUAAUAUGGCGGACUGGGAUUUAUUUUUGCGGCGUCUAUUUUCAUUUUUGGUAUUGUGCGCAAUAAUAAAUGUAAUAAAGUCUAGACAUACUAUCAUAAAAAGAAACUACAGUGAUCAAAGUGUUCGAGGUUAUUUAGCAGAAAGAACAUGCUGGUGGAAUGAGGUAUGUAAAGAAGAAUUUCACAGUAAAUUUCGGUGUCGUUGUCCUAGAUGGUCUUACUGUCGUGCACCUGGAAAAUAUUAUGAUGCUCAUUGCAGUAUAACUCGCACUGGAUAUAUAUGGACUCAACCAGAAAUGUCGCUGACAAUAGAAGUUGAUCAAUGAUGUUGUAAAAAAAAAAAAAGAACAAAUAAAAUUUUGAAAUUGC